GUCCCUUUCACCAGAGGAUGCAGCAAUUACUCACUAUCAGUAAAUGUCGAUAAACUAGUGAUCAAGUAUGUGAAAGGACUCAACACAGUUUUCAUUAAAAUUAACAUACUUCACAAAACCAUAUGCAGGAAAGCUCAGAUUCUCAUCGAGUCACCUAUCAAACUAGGAAUUGCAGCACUGACUAUAUUCAAGAUCGUGAGUUCAUUGUUUGAUGCAUUCCCAGCAGCUACAGAGGUUCUUAACAAGCCCACAUGUUAUGUUCCAACUACUACUAAAGGCAUUCAAACUAACCAUACAGCCCAUAAUAGGCCCAGUCCUAGCAUGGUACAUCAAACUACUAAACACAGGAGCUUGCAUUCUAAGCUUCACUCUCAAAAUACUCUACCACCUCGCGAAAUUUUUUCACAAAUAGCACACAGACCACAAAAGAUCAGAAGCUAAGGGAAGAGAUUCGUGCAGGUUUUACCAUUCUUCACCGGGAACACAAUCAUGAACAUAAUUGUCUCGAACGUCGACCUUCUCGGUCAAAUUCACGGGGAAGCUUCGGGCUAUUGGAGCUCGAUCAUCGACCAAAUUUGAAAUUUCCACUUUAGACUUGCUUUCCCAUUUCGAGAAAUCAGGAAAAUCGAUGACGGAGAUGAGAUCAACUUUAGUCUAGUUAUUUGAAAAAUUUAUUUUAAUAUUUAUUUAAGUAUUUUUAUUUUUUUGUUUAGCCAUUAUCUUUAUAUUGGGAGUACUAUUUUUGGGUCUUUAGCAUAGUUUUUAAACUCGACCCAGGAAUCGACCCAAGUAGGUAUCCAGGUUAUCGAGUUACCGGUUCAACCGUCGGGUCAUCGGGUCAAUUGUUGGA